AUAUUUACAUGUAAAUUAAUAAUAAUAUUGUCAUCAUAUUUGGCAAAAACACGUCGAUUACAAUCUAUUACAUCCUGAAACUACAACGUUCGGAAACAUAUCGGAAGUCAGAUUGGAUUGCUCUAAGAUUAUAGGACUAUAGUAACGAAAAUAGAUCUGGAAUGACAAUUUCGAAAAACUUUAGAAGCAAGAGAUUCAAGAUUUUGGAGUUUUAAAACAUCACAAGAACUUGAAAAUAUUGCCGACUAUUAUUAACGAAAAGGCGAUAAUAUUCUUGGGAUUUAUUAUUUCCACUACAGAGAGGCUAAAGAACUGAAAAUCUCUUUUUGGGAGGUAAAACUUGGAAAUUCUGGCAACCCUGGUUUCAUUUUUAAUAAAGGAUGGGUUGCUCGCACAGCAUACCUGACAAUCACCCUUCAAUGUUCUCGGCGAAAAAUGUGGAUGAACAUGAAAAAUCGAAGAACUCUGUUUUUUUGGAAGUCAAAAGUCAGAAAUUAUUCGUUCACAGCAAGCGUAAAAAAAUGAUGGCGUCGUGGCCGAUAACCUGUCUUCAACGAUACGGCUUCAAUGAUGAGUUACUGCUGAUUGAGACUGGUCAUGGUUGUGAUACUGGGCAAGGAAUAUUUUUAUUCAAAUGCCACCGAGCGACUCAACUAUUUGACAAACUCAAGGACGCUUGGAAUGACAUUCAGGACCAGAACAUGCGAGCGAUGAGUAUUGCUUACCCGCACCAAAUGUCGAUGAUGACUGGAACAACAGCUCUUCCCAGUACAUCAUACUACAAUACAAAUGGCAGCGGAAGCAAUGGAGUUCCUCUAACAGCCGGUCUCUCAUCAGUGUCAGGUCAUCCUUCAACCUCUAAUUCGAGAUAUACUCCCCCGACCCCUGGAACGAGGGGUAGUGCGUCAUCUAGGAACACAGGGGUGUCAGGAAGCAGAGGGUCAUUGCCAAGGACAUUCGAAUUACAGCCAGCCCCAGCAGGAAGACAGGAAAUGCUCGACCGGCGACGUAUCAACAGCAACAUGGUUUCAUACAAUCGCCAGAACGAAUCAGUCAGGAUUAAUCAUACCAGACACCACACGGUGGCAGCAGACUGCGAGUACGAAAACAGCGACGUUAUUCAACAACACAAAAAUGAACGCUUGAAGGCGCCAGAGGGUGUCGUAGCCUUCAAUACAAACUCAGAACACAUUACGUUUCCACGGCCACGGGGAUCCCCUGAAAUGCCACCGAGGGGGAUAAGCGCAAAUUCAUUGCGGUCAGAUGGUGACCAUCCUUUAACACCCAUAAGUAAUAGCACUUCAGGGAUUGGGAGUCUUAACGGCAACAGUACGACCAGUGAAGGAAAAUGCAAUGGUGGGGCAGCAAUUUCUACAGCUUUAGCGACGAAUAACCCCAUUCCCCCGCCCUUACCCCCUAUUGACCCAUGGAGAAAGCAAAACGGUUGGGCUAAGCAACGUAAAUCACAUGCGAGGAGAUUACGACAUAUAAACGAUUUUACGUCGAGACUAUCUCCAGGAAUGCCGAUGUCCGCGCGAGACUAUGUUAAUACCGUAAACGCGAGUUUAGACGUUAGCGGCACGCCCCUCCCCGCUACGGCGGCUCCUAUUGGUGGAAACCAUUUUUCUUUUGACUUUGAUCCUCGAAUGUUAACUGGAAAUAACGCGAACCCUUUUCAACAUCGUCAUAACAUUGACUAUGUACCUAUUGAGGUAUCCACAAAAAAUGGUGACUUUUAUAGCUGUGGUUCGGCAUCUUCUGGUCUGCCUGGCACGCCUUUGACGCCACGAACUCCAGGAGGACACCUUUUAAGUUGUGAUUACGCGGAAAUUGAUCACAACAAAACGAGAGCGUUGUCUAAUGCCUUUCGAUCAAGGCAGCGUGAAAUGAAGUCACGCCACACAAGCUCAGAAACCACUGGUCUUAUGAAUGGUAAUUUGUGAUGCCAUGGUUUACCAUUCAGGGUGCCAUGAAAUGUUGGCCCAUGCCGCAAAACAUGGUGCCAAAAGUGCAAUCACAGUGCCACGUCACGAAAUACUGACCAGCUGCCAUGAUAUGUGGUAUUUGUGAUACAGAGCUAGGUUGUGGCAUAUACCACAAAGUAAUCAUGGUGCCACAAGUGCAAUUACAGUGCCAUACCACAAAACAAUCUGUACUGCCACUUAUGCAAUGAUUUAUGGAGGGCAGUGGCUGCACAUCAGGAUAAAAAAAUAUAAACAGCAUUGCAAGGUUUCUCAAGGUAUGAUGUGGAAGUCCAAGAUGGGGGUCACGAAAGGGGGAAGUCCCGGAGGGGGGCAUGGGCCAGUGACGCCAAAACUCAACACAUCCUAUCGUAAAGGUUAGGAUUUUAGGUCUUACCAUUUUACCUAUGAAUUUCCGAGAAGCCCUCACCUGGCCUUUAAGGUGCGAGUUUGCUACCACGCCUAACCAAUAUUGGUGCCACCCGCAACCAACGCCCGCAAGGUUCAAUUUUGGUGCCAUGCCCAACCACACCCCUUUAUUCUUUUGCAAACCUUCGCCAGUGCGAUUGAAUUACUGCGUUUGUAUUUAAAGUAUCAAUUUCUAUGUUCCCUUUUUUAUUGAAGUUCUAGAUAUUUGAAACAUUUCUGGUGUUAUAUUUCUUGUUUUUAAUUUAUCCUGACCUUUAACCUUUAUUUCCUGGUUUAUUUGACAUUUAUUUCCUGGUUUCAAAAUCAUGUUUUCUUUUAUG